AUCAAACAUAAUAACACUUCGAAGAGGAAGAACAACAACUAGAAGAAAAGGCAAAAAAAGAUUGGUAAGAAAAUGGGAAGAGCUCCAUGCUGCGACAAGGCAAACGUGAAGAAAGGGCCAUGGUCGCCGGAGGAAGAUGUGAAGCUCAAGGAUUACAUCGACAAAUAUGGCACUGGUGGCAACUGGAUCGCACUUCCUCAGAAAAUCGGGUUGAAGAGAUGUGGUAAGAGUUGCCGACUGAGAUGGCUUAAUUACUUGAGACCAAACAUCAAACACGGUGGCUUCUCUGAGGAAGAAGAUAGUAUCAUCUUGAGUCUUUACAUCAGCAUUGGAAGCCGGUGGUCUAUAAUUGCAGCUCAGCUUCCUGGAAGGACAGACAAUGAUAUCAAGAACUACUGGAACACAAAACUGAAGAAGAAACUACUCGGAAGACAGAAACAAAUGAAUCGUCAAGACUCCAUUACCAAUUCAAAUGAAAACAAUAUCAGCAACAACAACAACAACAAGAGUCCUCAAAAUCUGAGUAAUUCGGCUCUAGAGAGGCUCCAGCUACACAUGCAGCUUCAGAAUCUUCAGAGCCCUUUCUCUAGUUUCUACAACAACCCUAUCUUGUGGCCCAAGCUUCACCCAUUGCUGCAGAGUACUACCCAUGAUCAAAAUCCUAAGCUUGCAUCUCAAGAAACCUUCCACCCUUCAGGAGUUAACGUUAAUCAUCAGAACAAUCAUAUCAAGCUAGCUGAGAUCAACAAUGGAUCCUCCCCUCUCUAUUCAGAGAACAUAGAGCAAUCCCUAAACCCUGCUCACGAAUUUCAACCUAAUUUCGGUUUUUCGCAGGACCUUCGAUUAGAUAAUCAUCAUAACAUGGAUCUUAUGAACAGAGGUGAUUCUAAAGAAUUGUUUCAAGUGGGAAAUGAGUUUGAGCUAACGACCGGUUCUAGUUGGUGGUCCGAGGAAGUGGAGCUAGAGAGGAAAACGACUUCGACGAGUUCUUGGGGAUCAGCUUCUGUUCUUGAUCAGACUACUGAAGGAAUGGUUAUGCUUCAAGAUUACGCUCAGAUGAGCUACCACAGUGUGUAA